AUGGACUUCCUUGAUGAUGAAGCCGGUGCGAGUGGCAACGAAGAUGUCCUCGUGCCAAGCUCGCAGACCGAGGACAACAUUCGCCCAAGGAAACGCCGCCGAUAUAACACCAGCAAUGAUGACGAUUUAGAUGAUGAGUAUGAUCUUCCUUCGCAUGACUGCAGCCAAGAUGAGUACGACGACCCGGACGAGGUUAUUCAGAAAUCCCGGUAUGACGAGGUGACCCACGUACCGCUCCAUGCAGAGACACAGAAGGACACUUUUGUCACUCAAUUGACCCAGCCAUGGUCAAGUCCUACCCGUAUUCGGGGGCCUCGGUGGAAGAAGCACAGUGAACCGCCAUCCCCGCAGCCGAAUGGAGUCUGUGAGGAGCGUUCAUGUGCAGCUCAACUCCCACCGAUCGCAAACGGCACCAUUUCUGACCCUCGGGCUCGCCAUGAUUUCGAAGGUGUGCCAGCUGACGACGACUUUGGAGGCGACGAUCCUGACCUUUUGGAAGCUUUGAUUUCUACUGAGCUUAUGCGGCAAGACCCGUCUGAAUCGGCUUCCCUUGGCCCCGCGUCUAGAAUCAACGUACCACAGUCAACUCAGAGCUUUCGUCAGACUACACUCUUUGGGGCACACACAACACAGAGACAAAUGACCACAGCGCAGUCAAAUCGUGCUCACAAUUGGCCUCUAGCCAAUAGGAACGAGAAACCCACUCAUCACAAGAUCAGCACCAACGCAAUGAAAACAUGGGUAUACCCUACCAACUUGGGAACGAUCCGAGACUAUCAGUACAACAUUGUACACAAAGGCCUUUUUCACAACAUGUUAGUCGCACUUCCUACUGGUCUCGGCAAGACCUUCAUUGCUGCAACGAUCAUGCUCAACUGGUAUCGAUGGACAGAAGACGCUCAAAUCGUUUUCGUCGCGCCGACCAAGCCACUGGUCGCCCAACAGAUUGAGGCAUGCUUUCACAUUGUUGGUAUACCGCGCUCUCAGACCACCCUUCUAACCGGCGAGAUCUCGCCUGCGAUCCGCGCCGAAGAGUGGCAAGAAAAGCGAGUCUUCUUCAUGACUCCACAGACAUUGAUGAACGAUUUGAAGACUGGCCUAGCUGAUCCAAAGAAGAUUGUCCUUUUGGUCGUUGAUGAAGCCCAUAAAGCCACGGGAAACUACGCCUAUGUCGAGGUCGUUCGUUUCCUCCGGCGCUUCACCGAGAGCUUCAGAGUCCUUGCACUUACCGCCACGCCAGGCUCAAGUGUGGAGUCUGUCCAAAAAGUUAUCGACGGCCUCAAUAUCUCCAGGAUUGAGAUCAGAACCGAGGAUUCUAUGGACAUCCGCCAAUUCGUGCACUCUCGGGAUGAGAACCUCGAGCUAUUCGACUACUCAUACGAAAUUCAGGAGACCCUCGACCUAUUCCGCAAGGCAGCACAGCCUCUUCAGAACAAGCUGUGUAGUCAGAAUGCGUACUGGAACAAGGACCCCGUGGAGAACACACUGUUUGGUUUGAAGAAGGCCCAGGAUGAGUGGAAUCGUUCGGAGGCUAAUCGGAAGCUCGACUACAAGUUCAAAGUACCUGUCUUUCAAUCAUUCAAAGCCCUCAUGUCACUGGCUCAUAGUGUCGACCUCCUCAAGUAUCAUGGCAUUGGGCCAUUCUACCACAAGAUGAAUAUCUUUGCUGAUGAAGCUUACGGCGGUGGCAAGUAUCAUCGUCAAGUUACGGAAAGCAGCCCGUUCAAAGAGAUGAUGAACCGAUUGAAGACAUGGAUUAACUUGCCAGAUUUUGUGGGCCAUCCAAAGUUAACCUAUCUGAAGGAGGUCACGCUGAACCACUUCAUGGAUGCUGGAGAUGGCCAGGGCGCCGCCGCUGGAAGGCCCCCUUCCGAGACUCGCAUCAUGGUCUUCGCGCACUUCCGCGACAGCGCAGAGGAAAUCGUCCGCGUGCUUAAACAGCAUGAGCCUAUGGUACGACCCCACAUAUUCGUAGGGCAAUCCAGCACCAAAGGUUCGGAAGGCAUGGACCAGAGAUUGCAACAGAAGAUCAUCACACAAUUCAAAGCAGGCACAUACAACGUCCUCGUAGCCACCUCUAUUGGCGAAGAAGGUCUCGACAUUGGUGAGGUCGAUCUUAUCGUCUGCUACGAUGCGUCCAAGUCCCCCAUUCGCAUGCUGCAGCGUAUGGGGCGAACAGGACGAAAGCGAGCUGGCAAUGUUCACGUCCUUCUCAUGAGAGGCAAAGAACAGAACGAUUUUGCAAAAGCGAAGGACAACUACCGCAGGAUGCAGGAGCUCAUCGAGUGUGGUAAAGAGUUCAACUUCCACGAUGACGAGUCGCCUCGGAUUGUGCCUAAGGAUAUUCAGCCUGUAGUCGACAAGCGUAUGGUCGAGAUCCCGGUUGAGAAUACCCAAGAUGUCUCCAUUGAACCAAGGAAGAGGAAGCCUAAGAAUGCGAAGAGGCCACCCAAGCGGUUCAACAUGCCUGACGGCGUCGAGACUGGCUUUCAAUUCCUCGGAGAUGGCAGGAGAUCCAAGUCUAAGAAAGCACCUCCCGAGGCUGAGCUCGACACGCUCGAUGCCGCCCCACAAGCACUCGGGGAGCUGUUGCUGACAUACGAGGAGGAGAUCGAGCGGCAGACUCGCUACGGUGAGGUGGCUGGGACUGAGCCCCAGUUCAUCACAGUCCCAAAAUUCGAUGCGUACCCCAGCUCUUUCAAACGCUUGACAAAGACAGGAACAAUCGGCCAUUCGAAAGCAACGGAGACCGUGGCAAAGGUGUUCAAGAACAUGAAAAAGCGUGCCAAAGUCUGGAAGCGCCCGACCAGGAACGAAGUCAUGCACGACUACGAUGUACAGGUUUCUGACGAUCAGCCUCCGCCUGAACGCCGAACCAACAGCAACAAGCCACCAGCUCUGAAGCAGAAGCGGAAGUCUUCAAAAAUCCUCACACGGUCCUCGCGCUCGCCAACGCCCGUCGAUGACGAUCUCGCUGAUAUGCACAGCUUCAUCAACGACGAGCCGCUCGACGAGGAGUUGGCUCCGUCGACAGAGGCUACGUCGCCGGACUCGCUUCUGGGCAGCCGGGAACUCGGCCGCAAAGGCCAUCGUUCGCCGUCAACAGAAGAGCCGCCCGCGAGCUCGCAGGGACAACAACAGUCCAGUGAAGUUGAUCUCGAUGAAGAAUUGCCGGAUCUUGAGGAUAUUGUUUUCCCAUCUACCGCGAAGAAGACGGCGGAGGUGCGGCCUAAGGGGAGGGCUACUAGGAGGGUGGUCGAUAGUGACGAUGACGACGAUCAGUAA